UUUUCUUUCCACCAUUCCUCCUCCAACAUGGCGGCCAACAGGAGGAUGAAACGCAUGGCGUCCUCCCAGCCUGGUUUUAUUAAGUUAAAGUCCGUUUCGGGCGACGAUAGCCUGGGCACCACUCGGAGAAAACGUUUGAACAAGAACAAGAAGAAGAACUGGAACAAAAACAUCGACAUCAACGAUGUGGACGAGUUUCUGGAAGACAUCCGACACCAGGAGAGAACCACAGGGGGUUUGCUUUCCGAGAAGACGGAUGAAAGUUUGUUCUUUUUGGAUGUUGGACCGCCAAAGAAAGCCGAACGGAGAGUGGCACCUGUCGAGGUGAAGAUGAGGAGAGGAAAGCCGGUGCGUCCUCUGAGGAUCGACCUGAUCCUGCAGCACGACUCCCUCGUUGCCGCACCUAAAGAUGUGCUAUCCUACCAGCUACCUAAUGCCAAGAAACUCCGCCGCAUUGCCCAGAAGGCCGAGCAUCUGGCAGCCAAAGGCGUAGUGCCACGGAGGCAGAAAAAGCUGCUGAACCUACGGCCGGUGGAGAAGACAGAAAGCAAGGCAGUGACUGACGCCAACAACAACCCCGAGAGAGACUUCUACGACAUAUGGGCACCAGAGACAAAAAUUACAGCUGAAACACAGAGCCAGAAACAGACAGGUCAAUAA